CCCGAACGUUUAAACGGCCCACUCCCCUCCCUCUCGUAUAUAAGGCUUACGUUCCCGGCGAUUCCACAAACACAGAGACAUAGCCAAGAAAGAAAACCCUCGCAACCAUUUUCGUUCAAAAACUUUCCCGAGAAAAUCGAACUUGCCGAGGAAAAAGGUUAUCGGAAGGCGAAUAGAGAGAUACAGAGACAGCGAGAGUCUUUGAAUCUUUGAUCGAGUGUGUGUGUGUAUUUCUGCGCGUACAUGUGAAUGGUGAUUUCAGGUGAAAGUGAAGAGAUGAAGAGGGAAUCGAUGGCGAUGGGACCAGAAAGAUCGAAGCUUUUGCAUAAUUUCACACUGCCUUCAAGUUUGCAGUGGGGGAGCCGGAGGUAUCUGAAGUGCAUGAAGGUUGAUUCAAAUGGCGAAAACUCCGGCAUCGAUCGCCGAUCCUCAGUUUUUCAGGUUGAGAAUGGAUUUAUCGGAAGGCAGGGAGCUUCGGAGACGGAGAGACUUGGAUCGGUGAGCCGGACGGAAAAUUUGAUGGUUUCGCAUUCUGUGGUGCCGGAGUUUAGGGGUUUUGGUUGGGAAUUUAGCAGCGGCGGUGACGACGGAAUCGAAGUGGUGAGGGCGAAACUGAUGUCGGAUUUACGAGACGAAGCUGAUAAGAUUUUGAGGGGAAAGUUCGAGAAAGAGCCGCCGGUGGCGGUAAUUCCGGCAGCAGCCGAACCCGUGAGGCCGUGGAACUUGAGGAAGAGACGAGCUGCAUGUAAGACUCUGAACGGCGAUGCUUGUGCUUCUGGAGGGAAAAUUUUCAAGGUGGAUGUGAUGGGGCCUAAUUUUGCUGCGCCGGUGAGGGCUGACAACAAAUCGCCGAUAUUGCGUGGCUGUGAUAUCGGUGGUGGUAGUGCUGGUGGAGAGAUGAGAAAAAGGGCGAAGUUCUCGGUAUCCCUUUCGAAGAGAGAGAUUGCGGAGGAUUUCACGGCGAUGGUGGGACGGGGGCCACCCCGGAGACCGAAGAGAAGACCUAAGAUUGUGCAAAAAGACGUGAAUACUGUUUUUCCGGGAUUGUGGUUGACGGAGAUUAAACCUAAUUUUUACUGAGUUCUUGAUACUGCUGCGACCGGCAAGAUGAUGUUGCCGGAAGUUUGAUGGGUCAUCUGAUUGCUGAAGACUCAAAUUGACAGGCUAAUUAGUGGUAAACUGCACCACCUAAGUGAAUCGAAAAUCUGACGAAAGCAUUGAAUUUCUUGGUAGUAUGUAGUGUAAAGCUUAGUUGCUUUCAAAUACUAAUUUUGUUUAUAUAAUCAUUAAUUGUUCAUAGCUCUUUUUGUUAGAAAAUGAGUUAAUAUAGUGGAAAGAUUGGUAGAUGAUAUUUAAGGACAAUGGUUUGUUAUAGGAGGUUGAUUUAUCUAGUAUAGUGCUCAUUGUUGCGUUUGUUAUCCCGUUGUAUGGCAUUUUAACAUAAGUUCUUUU